AUGGCUGUAUCAGAUGGAGGUCCAGUGUUUAUUAAGGCAAUUGAUGGGUCAGGUGAGUUCAAAGAAAAACAUUAUAUUGCUAGGGUGUUGAAGGAUGCUAUAAAAGGAAUUGGACAUGAAAAAGUUGUCAAAGUCAUCAUUGGUAAUGCUAAUGUGAUGAAGUUUGCUGGAGCUCUUAUUGAAGGUGAGUAUCCUAAAAUAUUUUGGACACCCUGUGUUGUCCACACUCUCAAUCUAGCUUUGAAGAAUAUUUGUGUAGCAAAAAACACUGAAAAGAAUGAAGUUACAUAUGAAGAAUGUAGUUGGAUUACACGUAUUGCUGAUGAUGCAUCCUUCAUACGUGUUUUUAUUAUGAACCAUUCAAUGAUAUUGGAAAUGUUUAAUGAAUUUAGUCCAUUAAAAUUGCUCCAAGUUGCUGAUACUAGAUUUGCUUCGAUUGUUGUAAUGCUGAAAAUGUUGAAGUUGAUAAAAAGAUGCCUUCAAGCCAUGGCUAUUAGUGAGCAAUGGGCUUCUUAUAGGGAGGAUGGUGUUGGAAAAGCUCUAAAGGUGGAAGAUAUGAUUCUAAGUGAUCUUUGGUGGGAUAAAGUUGAUUAUAUCCUUGAAUUCACAGCACCUAUUUAUGAUAUGCUACGAGUAGCAGACACAGAUAAGCCUUGUCUUCAUCUUGUGUAUGAGAUGUGGGAUUCAAUGAUAGAGAAGGUGAAGGCAAUAAUAUAUCGGUAUUACUCCAUUGAAUGGCUUUCGGAGAAUCCAAAACGCAUAUCUCCACAUCGGGAUCAUGAAAUUUCCAUGGAAAGGAGCAAGUGUUUGGAUGGAUACUUUGAAGAUGAGAGUGAAUUAAAGGUGGUGAAGUUCGAGUUUGCUGCAUUUUCAGGAGGGAGUUUUCCUUCACCAGAUGCCUUGAUAGAUAAGUGGGACUUACUACCUUUGGUUUGGUGGCAAUACCAUGGCUCCGCAUUUCCAACUUUUCAAUCUCUUGCCUUUAAACUUCUUGGACAACCUUGUUCAUCCUCAUGUUUUGAGAUGAAUUGGAGCACAUACAAAUUCAUUCAUUCUUUAAAAAGAAACAAAAUGGCUCCUGCACACGCUGAAGAUUUGGUAUAUGUGCAUUCUAAUCUUCGACUCUUGUCAAGGCGCAAUGAGGAGUACGUAAAUACAUCAACAAAGAUGUGGGAUAUUGCAGAAGACUCUUGGAAUGAGAGCGACAUACAUGGAGGAGCUGGAAUUCUUGAGAAUGCAGCCCUUACACUUAAUGAGCCAGAGUUGGAGGCCAUGGAUAUUGGGAAUGUUAAUACUAGUGUUACUACUAGUGAAAGUGAAGUUCGAAGUGAAGCUAUUGAUCUUGAUGAUGAUGAUGCUAGUAUUUGA